CGAGUGUUCAUCGCUGUUUACCGGCCGUUAGACGAGACGAUUGAUGCACAAAACAUGAAGAGAAGCGAGACAGAACUGACCUGUCGCUGCCCACGGCCGAGUCGCUGUCGUCGAACUCGUCCUCCUCGUCGUCCACCGCCAGCUGCGGCAUCUGGUCAGGCUCAGGCCGGCGGACAGGCGAGCCAGGCGAGGACGAGAUCUGAUGUUUCUGCUGCUGCUGCUGCUGCUGUUGAUGUUGAUGCUGCUGCUCAACGGCUGCGGCGCACUCCGGGCGCCAUCGAGGAUGAAUCAGACGAACAGGAGGGAGUCUCUGGUGGUGCUCGCGCCGGAGAACAAGCUGCUGCAGCUGGAGGAAGCACUGUUGCUGGCAAAUUCGAGGGCGCGGUCGAUGUUGGCGCAGCGCAUGAAAAGGAAAAGCAGUCGAGCCAGGGCGUCGUCGUAUAG